UGACAAUUGACAUAUAAUAUAGGUACAGGUACCAAGGUAUUUAUGAAUUUGAAUUGUAAGGUACAGAACUAUUAAAAUUAAUCGAAGAUAAUGUCGAGCAAAAAGCCUAUUUCCUGGUUUCUCUCCGAAAAAGGUCGAAAAUUUUCUUUUGCUGUAGUAACAAGUACUGGAUUAGCUCUUACCGCUGCACGUUUUAGCCUUCAUACCUUUUUAUUAGGAAAAUAUAAGGAUUUCGUACAUUAUUAUAGUAAUGGAAAACCAGCAGAGCUUCCAAGCGAACUUCAUAAAAAAUACGAAAAAUGUUUAGAUCUCCUAGAAAUGUCGGCGGUUCAUAGAAAAUUGAUUCAACCAUUUUGCGUUUUCGGGUAUGAUUUAUUCCAUGCAGGAAGUACGAGUUCAAAGUUUGGUGCUCUUGUUGGCAUUCCAAUAAACUUUACAUAUAAAUCAUUGAAUGAUGUUGAACAACAGAAUGUACAGGUCAAUCAAAAGACAUUGGACUUAUCAUCUGAAAUUGGCAAAAAAUUAGGGGAAUCCCUCAUAUUAACAGAUAAAGUUAAAGAAUUUGCCAUUUGUAGGGAGAUGUUGAUGACUCAAAAUAAUAAAAUAAUAUUUGAAUCUGUUUAUCCAUUUUUAUGUAUAUUCCUAGUAUAUAAUUUUUCGCAGUAUAUGAAUAGAAGACUAAACUUAUAUGUGGCACCACUAAAUGUUAGGGCUAUUUUAUAUUCAAUAGUUGGACUGUUCGGCUUGGGUUCAUAUUUCCUUUUAAAGGAUAUGACAGAAAUUUAUUAUGAAACGGAGGCUGAUAAAAAGUUAUGUGAAUUGGGCCCCGAUUAUAUUGAAAGUGGGGUUAUAUUUUAUGAAAAGUUGUUACAAAGAAAUCAAGCUUUAAGAGAGUUGAUGGGUAAGGAAGGUGAAAAAAAAUACACUAAACUUGGCAAUGAAAAUUAUGGUAUUCGGCAACCACAUGUGGCACUAAUACAUAGGAAGCAAUUUUUUGAUUUGAAAUUAAAAGAGUGUACAGAAAAAAAUGAUGAUAAUAAAGACAAUAAUUCAGACUCAAUUUAAAUAUAACAUUAAAAAAAUUAUGCAUAAUACAAAAUCAAGCUGUAUUAUGCAUAUGUAAUUUAUGUAUUUUAUGUAUUUUAGUAUGUAUUUUGAUUGUAAUUAAACUGUAAAUAAUAAAUAUACAUGAUUUCAAGUCUACGUAGA